CACCCGUUUGACAGCAACAUAUAUUAUUUUCCUCGUUCCAGUUCCAGGGUGCAUAUUGUUGCUUGUUUUAAAAGAAAAGUGUGAUCUCCUUAGGGUAGAACAUAAUGUUGCAGUUUAUGCUCCUGUUCAGCCGACAAGGCAAACUGAGACUACAGAAAUGGUACGUUGCUCACUCGGACAAGGUGAAGAAGAAGAUCACCCGCGAACUGAUCACAACAAUCCUCUCCCGUAAGCCCAAGAUGUGUUCGUUCUUGGAGUGGAAAGACUGCACCAUUGUUUACAAAAGAUACGCUAGCUUGUACUUUUGCUGUGCUAUCGAGCAGAAUGACAAUGAGCUGCUAACGCUGGAAGUUAUACACAGAUACGUGGAACUGUUGGACAAGUACUUCGGCAGUGUCUGUGAGCUUGACAUCAUAUUCAACUUCGAGAAGGCCUACUUCAUACUGGACGAGCUGCUCGUGGGAGGCGAAAUACAGGAAACGUCCAAAAAGAAUGUCCUCAAGGCAAUAGCGGCUCAAGAUGUGCUACAAGAGGACGAAACGCCACAAGGAUUCUUCGAGGAUCAUGGGCUCGGAUAGAUGGCGGCCGGUGUCGGUGGAACGAGACGUAUCCUUUCGCUAGCCAAAGCUCGCAACGAAUUAUGAU